AUGAAGUUUGACCAAUCUAUCAAGAAAUUGUGGGCCCGAAUAACCGAAUCACGAUGGACCAUUGCAUAUAUAAGUUUUGCAGUAUUACAAAUGGUAAUAGCCGUUUCAUUAGAAGCUAUAAUAUUACAAAGAAAUGAAGUAAGCCAUUCAACAUUAGAAGCAUAUAAAAUUUAUGACGGAGUUGAAACCCCAAAGAUAGCAUAUAAAAAUUAUACAUAUGCUAAGUAUACAAUGCAAUUUCAAUCGAUUAAACAUGGAAACAUAUGGUUUAUGGUGUUUCAAGCUUUUCUAGUGACAUUAUGUAUUUCUGCGUUAUUCUUUCAAAAUACCAUAGAUAUAAUUUCAAUAGCAAUUAUAAAUAUAUGUUUAAUAUGCGCUGCGGGUGUACAAAUUUAUCAAAGUAAUAAAUGGAUUACUCGAGUUAAUAUGCAAAUUGAUUCUGAUAAAGCGCAUGAGAUCCAAGGUCUAGAUUAUUAUUUAAGUAAUAAUGUGGUUAUAUGGGAAAUUAUUCUACUAUUAGCCUUGAUAGUGUUUGAUGCUGCUUCAAUAUUCUUUGGAUACAAGUUAUAUAAACAAUUUGGCUGGAAUAUCUACAAGAAAAUAGGCGCCAAUAUACAGAUGCAAAGAAUGUAUCGAACAUAUCUUAUAUUCGUUUUGCUACUAAAAUUGGAUUUCUUUCUCUUGAUUUGUUUCCAAAUUCUUAACUUGGUUUUCUUGUUUAAUGAUCCUGAGGAGCAGACACGUAACAUUAUUUUCCAAAGUAUCAUGGUUGCAAGUGUUAUCCCAAUGGUUGGUUUAGCAUUAUGGGGGGUCCGACGAGAAAAUAUAGUAGCGAUGUUCCUUUUUACAGUGACUUCUGUUAUUACAAUAGCAAAUUUUCUUUAUAUUUUAGCUGAGUUUAUCAUAAAAAGGGAUGAGUUCCUGUUAACAUUUUUGGAUGUUCUUGGUAUCUUAUUGUCCAUAAUGUCAAUGGUGGUUGCAUAUUUGGCAGUACUAAAUUUUGUUCAAAGAAGAAAUCAUGAAGGUGCUAUCAAUUUGGAAACCGGUGGUCAAGGACAACGAAAACGGUUUUCAAUUGAUGAUUAA